AUGUCAGAUUUUAUAGAAAAACUUAGUGAAAAUGUUAUUUAUAGUGUCCUUUUCCUUUUCAAAUGCAAGAUUCACAGUCUUGUGUUGGAAUCAAUGAAACAAACUUUGAAUAUCGUCAUAAAAGAUAAGCACUUAGAACUAAAGGAUUCAGAAACAAUAGAAGAGGUAUAUUGUAUGAACAUAAAAGAAAAUAUUUAUGAAGAAUAUUCAAUAAAUCAUACGGAUACUUAUAAACCCAAAGGAAACGACAAAAACAAUGAAUUAGAUCGGCGUGAACAUAUGAAACAUGAAGGAAAUGAAAAAAUAUUUAAAGAAGAUCUGUUUCAUUCCUAUGAACUUCAAAAUACUACGCCUAAAAAAGAACGAAAAAACUGUUUCAUUAACUUUGAAACAGAUCAAGUUUCUAAUAAAUGUUUAAUGGAAGUACGGAAUAGUGAAGAUGAUCAUAAAAACAGUUACAAGAAUGAAAACGCUUUUAUAGAUGAAGAAACAUAUUUAAAAUCUAUGGCAGAAAAUCAAAUCCUUGAUGAUCAUAAAGACAAAAGCAAUAAUCUUACCGAUGUUUAUAAAUAUCAAAGAGAGGUUAAACUGGAUCAAGGUCAGACAUCCAUUGUACAUAAGAAUGAUUUGGAAGUAGAUAUACAUCUCAAUGAAUUAGAAAAACAAACGCUUCUUGACGACCAAGAACACGAAAAUUGGUUAGAUGAACAUGAGGAACUCAGAGAGAUAGAGGAACAAAGGGUCUUGGAUGAAAUAGCUGAGCAACGACUACUUGACGAGCAAGAACACGAAAGGUGGUUGGAUGAACAAGAGGAACUCAGAGAGAUAGAGGAACAAAGGGUCUUGGAUGAAAUAGCAGAGCAACGACUACUUGACGAGCAAGAACACGAAAGGUGGUUGGAUGAACAAGAGGAACUCAGAGAGAUAGAGGAACAAAGGGUCUUGGAUGAAAUAGCAGAGCAACGACUACUUGACGAGCAAGAACACGAAAGGUGGUUGGAUGAACAAGAGGAACUCAGAGAGAUAGAGGAACAAAGGGUCUUGGAUGAAAUAGCAGAGCAACGACUACUUGACGAGCAAGAACACGAAAGGUGGUUGGAUGAACAAGAGGAACUCAGAGAGAUAGAGGAACAAAGGGUCUUGGAUGAAAUAGCAGAGCAACGACUACUUGAUGAGCAAGAACACGAAAGGUGGUUGGAUGAACAAGAGGAACUCAGAGAGAUAGAGGAACAAAGGGUCUUGGAUGAAAUAGCAGAGCAACGACUACUUGACGAGCAAGAACACGAAAGGUGGUUGGAUGAACAAGAGGAACUCAGAGAGAUAGAGGAACAAAGGGUCUUGGAUGAAAUAGCAGAGCAGCGACUACUUGACGACCAGGAACACGAAAGGUGGUUGGAUGAACAAGAGGAACUUAGGGAGAUAGAGGAACAAAGGGUUUUGGAUGAAAUAGCAGAGCAGCGACUACUUGACGAGCAAGAACACGAAAGGUGGUUGGAUGAACAAGAGGAACUCAGAGAGAUAGAGGAACAAAGGGUCUUGGAUGAAAUAGCAGAGCAACGACUACUUGACGAGCAAGAACACGAAAGGUGGUUGGAUGAACAAGAGGAACUCAGAGAGAUAGAGGAACAAAGGGUCUUGGAUGAAAUAGCAGAGCAACGACUACUUGAUGAGCAAGAACACGAAAGGUGGUUGGAUGAACAAGAGGAACUCAGAGAGAUAGAGGAACAAAGGGUCUUGGAUGAAAUAGCAGAGCAACGACUACUUGAUGAGCAAGAACACGAAAGGUGGUUGGAUGAACAAGAGGAACUCAGAGAGAUAGAGGAACAAAGGGUCUUGGAUGAAAUAGCAGAGCAACGACUACUUGACGAGCAAGAACACGAAAGGUGGUUGGAUGAACAAGAGGAACUCAGAGAGAUAGAGGAACAAAGGGUCUUGGAUGAAAUAGCAGAGCAACGACUACUUGAUGAGCAAGAACACGAAAGGUGGUUGGAUGAACAAGAGGAACUCAGAGAGAUAGAGGAACAAAGGGUCUUGGAUGAAAUAGCAGAGCAACGACUACUUGACGAGCAAGAACACGAAAGGUGGUUGGAUGAACAAGAGGAACUCAGAGAGAUAGAGGAACAAAGGGUCUUGGAUGAAAUAGCAGAGCAACGACUACUUGACGAGCAAGAACACGAAAGGUGGUUGGAUGAACAAGAGGAACUCAGAGAGAUAGAGGAACAAAGGGUCUUGGAUGAAAUAGCAGAGCAACGACUACUUGAUGAGCAAGAACACGAAAGGUGGUUGGAUGAACAAGAGGAACUCAGAGAGAUAGAGGAACAAAGGGUCUUGGAUGAAAUAGCAGAGCAACGACUACUUGACGAGCAAGAACACGAAAGGUGGUUGGAUGAACAAGAGGAACUCAGAGAGAUAGAGGAACAAAGGGUCUUGGAUGAAAUAGCUGAGCAGAGACUACUUGACGACCAAGAGCACGAAAGGUGGUUGGAUGAACAAGAGGAACUUAGGGAGACAGGGGAAAAACAAUGCUUAGAUGAUACAGGAAAGCAAAAUCUUUUUAAGCAGCCCGUAGAUGAGAACAAACAGUUAACAUUUUCAUUUGGAUCGUCUCCUAAAAUAGGAAUGAAUAACAAUGUACAUGAUAUGGAACUGAGUCUAUCCUCUAUAAAACGAGCAUUAAGACGAGAUCAAAUUUAUAAUUUUCAAACAACAUCAGUCCCGAUCAUUGAAUUCAACUUACAAAUUGAAUAUCUCAAUUUGAUCCAAGAAGAUCAAGAGUGGUUUGAAGAUACUCCUACACUGGCUUACAAAGUUGGGAAAGACAUGAUAUCACUGGCCGAAGGUAUGCCGAAUGAAGCAAUCUUUCCAUUCACAAAACUGGAAUUGAGCACUAGAAGUGGAGGGAAAAUUAUUUUGGAAGAAGCGGAACUAGCACCGGCCUUACAAUACGUGCCUUCUCAGGGCCUCCCAGCACUACUCAAGGAGUUGAGAGAGUUCCAGCGUGUUCUUCAUCGACCUCCUUCUCCUUACGAUGUGUUGGUCACUAACGGUGGACAGCACGGUAUAUAUCAGUGUGUGGAUAUGUUGGUAGACCCUGGAGAUGUGAUCAUCACCACGGAAUAUUCGUAUACAGGAGCUUUUACUGCUUUGCGACCCUACGAUCCAGAAAUACUUGCUAUACGUGAAGAUGAUCAGGGUCUGAAUGCUGAAGCCUUGGACUCAAUACUACACGAGAGACGAACUCGGGGACAGAACAUGCCCAAAGUGAUGUAUCUGAUACCAACCGGGAACAAUCCUACGGGAAUAGUUGUGUCGGAGGAGAGGAGGAGACAGAUAUACGAGCUGGCCUGCAAAUAUGACUUCCUCAUUCUUGAAGAUGAUCCUUACAUGUUCCUAAACUAUACUAACACCGUGUUCCCAUCUUUCUUAUCCCUGGAUGCCUGUGGCCGUGUGUUGCGGUUGGAUUCUUUCUCCAAGGUAGUGAGUUCUGGUCUCCGAGCGGGAUGGGUGACCGCUCCAGCAGCCUUCAUACAUUACCUAGAGCUACACGCACAGGCUGAACUAUUACACUCCUGCACAUUGGCUCAGACGAUUCUACACCGCUUGUUGUUGAACCGCAGCGCCCUCGCAUCUCAUCUACACUCAACUCGUCUGUUCUAUGAACAACGUCGGAACGCUCUCACCAGCGCCAUGAGGGAGGUCAGCGGCUUGGAGUGGACUGAACCCAGUGCUGGACUCUUCCACUGGGUGAAGGUGCCUGGGAUAGAAGACGUCUAUAAUAUGGUUUUCCAGACAGCCUUCAACCGUGGCCUCAUGUUAGUUCCCGGGCAGGCUUUCCUGUUCGACAAUAGAGCCCCCUGUCCGUACGUUAGACUAGCCUUUAGUAAGAUUCAAAUGAAGGACAUUGAAGCGUCAGUGCGCCUCCUAGCGGACAUCACUGAAGAAGAACGGAAACUUAUGCUGCAAAAACAACCACAAAGAUUGGCUACUGAACGAUAG